UAUUAGAAAAUAGAAAGGAGAAAGAGUUAGUAGAGGAGUGCUUAGUUCUUUGUUGGGGGAAAUGUGAAGCAAUAAUCGGUUUUCAUUUUUCACAAUUUACAGAGCAACGACCAAGACUACCAGCUUCGCUACUCUCGAGUCUCGACAACACGACCUCUUCAGGUGCAAUUCUCUCUCGCAGCAGUAAGCUGCUGUUAUCAUUUAUCGGGAGGAAUAUGAGUUUCACUGGCCCUUCCGCUGCGGCUUCUGCUGCUGGGAGAACUUUUGACUUUGGACGAACAUAUGUGGUCAGGCCUAAAGGUAAACACCAAGCGACCAUUGUGUGGCUGCAUGGCCUUGGGGACAACGGCAAUAGCUGGUCUACUCUCUUGGAAACCCUCCCGCUUCCAAAUAUAAAGUGGAUCUGCCCAACUGCUCCUCAACGGCCAGUAACUUUAUUUGGAGGCUUUCCAUCAACUGCCUGGUUUGAUGUGAAUGACCUUUCAGAAGAUGCUAAUGAUGAUAUACACGGUUUGGAAGCUUCAGCUACAUAUGUUGCUAGCUUAUUGGCUAAUGAACCUGCUGAUAUAAAACUUGGCGUCGGAGGCUUCAGUAUGGGUGCGGCAACCUCCCUAUACUGUGCUACUUGUUUUGCUCGAGGGAAAUUUGAGAAUGGCAACCAGUUCUCCCCAAACAUAAGUGCUGUUGUUGGAUUAAGCGGUUGGCUUCCAUGCGCAAAGAGUCUGAGUAACAAAUUAGAAGGUGUAGCUGAGGCUUCUGGGCGUGCUGCAUCCUUGCCUGUUCUGCUUUGUCAUGGCAAAGGGGAUGAUGUAGUUGCUUAUAAAUUUGGUGAGAAAUCUGCGCAGAAGUUAUCUUCCACUGGAUUUCGAGAUGUCACGUUUAAAUCCUAUACUACGCUUGGUCACUAUACUAUUCCAGAGGAAAUGGAUGAACUUUGCACUUGGCUAUGUUCAAAAAUGGGGCUGGAUGGUAAAUGAUGAAGGAUGCACCAUUGCUGGAGGGUUUGUAUUCUUACGAUGCGAUGAAUGAAUUUAUAAAUUUAUGAAAAUUAAGACAUGAUAGCCUACCCCCAUUUCUGUUUCAAUCUCUGGUGUCUUUCUUGUGUGAUUUGACCAUAAUGGACAUGGUGUUAUUGCUGGAUUAGAUGAACAUUGUUUGACUGGAAUAAUAGAUGAAGAUCAAUUUUAUGGUUAUGAUACCUAUUUUGCUGGUAUCUUUGACA